AUGGCUGAGAACCUAGUACGGUUUGGUAUCCUAGGAUGUGCCAAGAUAGCUAGGAAAGUUGCAAGAGCCAUAAGCUUAGCACCCAACUCAAUUCUGUAUGCAAUUGCAAGUCGCUCCCUAGAAAAAGCCAAGCACUUUGCCACACACAAUCAAUUGCCAGAGACAGUCAAGAUUUAUGGUAGCUAUGAAGAAUUACUUGAUGAUCCAUCCAUUGAUGCUGUUUACUUGCCAUUGCCAACUAGUCUUCAUGUUCAGUGGGCAGUCUUGGCUGCCCAAAAGAAGAAGCAUCUGCUGUUAGAGAAGCCAGCUGCUCUUGAUGUUGGAGAUUUGGACAAGAUCUUGGAAGCUUGUGAAUCAAAUGGUGUACAAUUCAUGGAUGGCUCUAUGUGGCUGCACCACCCUAGGACCCUGAAGAUGGAGGAGCUACUCUUUGGUUCCAAUCUUGUUGGACCAGUUGACUCUGUUUAUAGCACAUCAACAACUAAACUGCCUCCUGAAUCUUUUGAGAACGAUAUUAGAGUGAAACCUGAUAUGGAUGCUCUUGGUGUACUUGGUGAUUUGGGCUGGUACUGCAUUCAAGCAGUCUUGUGGGCAAAAAAUUACCAACUACCAGAUGCAGUUUCUGCUUUACCAGAUAGUGUAACCAAGAACUCAGCUGGAGAGGAUUCUGCUUUCUUUGACUUGACAUUAGGUGCAAAGUUUGUGGAUAUGCAUAUUGGAUGGAAUGUGAAACCUGAAAAGGUUGUUGUGCCUAAUGAACUUCCUCAAGAGGCUUUGAUGGUUCAAGAGCUUGCUAGGCUAGUUCAGGGCAUUAAGAAAUCUGAGUUCCGACCGGAUAAAAGAUGGCCGGAGAUCAGUAGAAAGACUCAAAUAGUGGUGGAUGCCAUUAUGAAAUCUAUUGAUCUUGAUUGUAAAUCUGUGUAUUUGUGA